AUGUAGAUAAAAUGAACUAUACUCAUCAAGAAAAUAUAGCUUAUCUUGAUAAUAUAAUUUAUCUUAAGAAUGUAGUUCAUCUUGAGAAUAUAGUUCAUCCAGAUAUAAAUAAGAUGAACUAUACUUAUCAAGCACAUCUUGAGAAUAUAGAUUAUCUUGAGGAUACAACUCAUCCUGAAAAUGUAGUUCAUCUACAUGAAGAUAAUAUGAACUAUACUCAUCAAGCACAAUUUGAGACUUUGACACCUGACCUCUCCUUAUUAAACACUCCUCCACAAUCUGCACACACAAGAUACUAUGAUAUUAAUGAUCAAGAACAGACUGUUCUUAUAUCAAAUUUGACAAUUUGUUCUACUGGAAUUGACGGAAUUGGCGGAAUUGAAGUUUGGAGAAACGAUGGAAACAUCGGAAUUGCACCUCCGAAAAUUCAUGAAUAUGCGACCAAAUUGGUAGAGCAUUUGAAGCAAUCAGAUGUAAAAGACUUCCCCUAUUCGAAAUUUAGUGAUCUAAAAAUUAUUGGACAUGGAGGCUCCGCAAUCGUAUAUUCAGCAACUUUUCAAGAUGAAAACGAUAAAAAAAAAACAUACGCAUUGAAAAGUUUUAAUAAUAACCUAACCUUAGUUGAAAGUGCCUACAACAGAUAUUGUCAUGAACUUAAAUUUUUCAAUAAAGCACACCAUGAUAAUGUUAUUGAAUUCUAUGGAGUUUCAAAAGAUCUUAAUACGGGUAAUUUUAUGAUGGUGAUGCAACUUGUUGAUGGAGCCUUGAUUGCGGAUUUUGGUUUUGCUAAAGAUUUGCAAGAAGCAUCACAUUCAAAAAUAGUGCAAAAUAUUGCAAAAAAUAAAAGAGAAGAAAUUAUUGCAGAAACACCCUUAGAUUACUCUAAUCUAUAUACAAAGUGUUGGUCUUAUGAACCAAGCAAUCGGCCAACAUUGGAUGAAAUAAUUAAUAGGCUUGAUAAUAUCACUUCAAUUGAAUAUAUUACAAAUAAAAUAAGUAAAAUAUUUGAUGUUAAUCGAAUCAUCAAAGAAAACGACAUCAUGUUUUGUGACUUUAGUAAUUUUUCCGAUUUUGAUGAGCUUUGCGAUGUAGGUGAAAAAACUUUAAAAGCAAAUUUGAACAGCGAACCAAAUGUUCCAGAGGUUGUAUUAAAGUCUGUAGAUAAACAGCAUUUAGUUGAAGGAUUCAAUGAAGAGCUUAAACUUUUAAUAGAUAUUGCAAAGCAAAAUCAUUCCAAUAUUAAUCAAUUCAUCGGGAUAGCCAAAGAUCAUACUAAGAAAUAUUUUUUAAUCCAUCAAUAUGCGAAUAAUGGAAACUUACGAAAUUAUUUGAAAGAUCAUUUUAAUGAACUGACUUGGUAUAUGAAAUUGAAAAUGGCGUUUGAAAUAGCAUCUGGCCUCACACACCUGCACGAAAAUAAUAUUAUUCACAAAUACAUCCAUACUAAAAAUGUACUAGUACACGAUGGUAGAAUGGUGAUAGAUUUUAAUAAAGGUCGCUCUCCCAGUAACAGACCAACAAUUCAGGAUGCUCUUGAAAGUCUUAAAAAAAUGCAAGAAAAUCUUCAAGAG